UAUUCUUAUCUAUACUACGGAAAGAAAGAGAUCGAGAGCUGGUUUACAGUUUUUUGUGUUCUUUUUAGCCUUUUGAUCCCCUCGGAUCCCCCGGGCUUGAAAGACAGAGAUCGAGAGCUGGUUUUCACACAUACUAGCUCUCUCUCUCACUGCCGGGGGAGAAAGCGAGGUCAAGGCUAGCCGAGUCAAGACGACGAGGCCUACGGUAGCUCGAGACGCAAUUGUCAGCGGAUGCUAUAUCGAAUUAAAAUGGAUGCAUCGGAUGUGGUUAUAUACGGUGAUGGGUGCAGUGUUGUGCUUGCUGCACAGGUGUCGGAGCGAUGAGAGGUCAUUCGGUCACUGUCAUUCAGUGAGAGAACACUAACAUCUGAAACCGGAUAACGUCCUGCUGAGGAAUUGAUGACAUCAGUCCGGGCCAAUGCCUGCUCGCCUCGACAGAAGCGGUCGGGUUGCAUUCGAAGUCUUUGUAGAGUCUGCCGUGUGAACCUAUUCGAGAAUAUCCCAAGACAAACUGCGUGAAUCGAGAAAGAAGAAACUAGAAAAAUUGCAUGUCUGCAAACAUGCAAAGGUAGCAAGGCCUGAAGAACAUUCCGAAUUCUCUAAGGAAAAGACCGAGCUCCGGCUCAACCCAUCUUUCGCGGUGAACUGGUUUGCGGUCUUGAACUUGUAUCAGUUUGUACCCGAGCGCUGCUCGUCAGUUCUCUCAACGCAAGGGGUGGGGGGUGCCAUGAGGUCUCUCCCUGAGCAUUCAAUUCAAACCCAUGGGCCUCAAAAGUCUGAAAAGCGUCCGCACACGACUACAGCAGCAACAACACAUGUGUUUUUAGCCCCCCACUGGGACGUCUACGUCAUUCCCCUCGUGGGAACUGCCCUGCUAGACCUCGUCUGACAGGUCGUUCUCAGAUAGAUUGAUUCAUCACUCCAGGACACCCCUCCUCCUCUCCCCUCCCCUCCGUACGUACGUGUACUCCAAUUCCCUUUUCCUUCGAAUCUAGUACACGGCUGAGAACCGUCAACUUGACCAUCUAACGGUGAGCCAAAUCGUUUUGAAAUGUGCUCAGUACGGCCGGGCGGCUGGCCAGUGAUCAACCAGCACAAGCUCCGCUGCGGCAGCCAAAAGCUCUGAGAAUGAUUAAGCGACAGAGUUGGGGGAGACGAGGGAGACGAGGGAGGAGGGAGGAAGGAGGGAGGGAGGAGGGAGUGAAAAGGUAAGGCAGUAAAAUUUUGAAUAUCGAAACCAGCAGAGGCCUACGGUUCGCUAUAGUAUGGACCAUGAAUUUGUCCUUUGCACUACUUCUGUACUGUAUAGUACAGAAAAUGCGACUGAGCAGAAGGAAGAGGACGGAUCGGAUCGGCGUCGAUCGGCAUGGCCAGCUUGCGGGCCUGCGCAGGGCCGGGCAGGGCAGGGCAGAGCAUGGCAGGACCGAGUUCAAGGCAGACGUCUGGGCAUGUAUAAGUGACGACGUCAUCUUAUCACAACUUUCAACAUCAGAGCUGAAAUCAUUGUGGUGGAUUCUGUGGUGCACGAAAUAUGGUUCAGAAAUUCCAGUCAUGGGUGAGAUCGAGGGAAAGGUAUGGGUCGAACGAACAGUGGAUUCUAGAAUUCGAAUCCACAGAGAGUUGUGUCAUGGAGCGCAAAACAAAGCACAUCCAAAAGGCAGCAAUGGAAGUAAGCGGUCAUGGGGAAUACAAAUAUAUGUGUGAUGACGAUUGUUUUGUGGCUCGCUCCAUGGAAUCUGUAUGCUGUUGUU